AUGUCUCUCACUGCCAAUGACAUCGCCUGGUACUCUCGUGUUUAUGAUGAUGUGGACAUAAUCGUCAAAUGUGGCAACUUCCAUAAUGUGCCACUCAUAGGAACUCGAGGUUGCAUCAAUUACAAUCCUGAGCUUGCUAUGCGGCAACUUGGGUUUCCUAUGGAUGAUAAACCAGAAGACAAGUUGUUAGAAGGUUUCUUGCUGGGAGAAGGAGUGAGCAACUUUGAUCUGGUGAAUAGGAUAGGUAGUGCCUGGACUAAAGUUCGUAGAGAAGGAAAAAGGGAGCGUGGAAAGAAGAAUUGUAUAGCUAGAGGGCCAUAUACAAGUUGGGUCCAAGCCAGAGCUUCUCAAGACAAACUACCAUACCCUUAUGAGCCUCCAAUGCAUACAAACCCUCCAGAACCUACUCACAUCACUAUGGAGGAAGCUAAAGAGCUCAAAGUUGUCAUCCAAAGUUUGGAAAAAGAGAAUGAAGAGCUACGGUUGAACCUUCUCCGGAUUACUGAAGAAAGGGAUAAUCAUAAGUGGGAGCUUGGGCGGAAGAAAACACAGCUUCAAGAAAAUGUGGAAAGGCAUGAUAAGGAGGAAUAUAAGAGAAAAAGAGUCAAACAGGGGUUAGAUCAGGCUGACAGCUGCUUCAAUACCGUCAAAAGCCAACUGAAAGAGGAUGAGAGGGAUUGUCGUGAGAAAUAG